UUAGGAGUUGCACAAGAUAGGUUGAACGACAAGAGGGUGCUUAUUGUUCUUGAUAGCAUUGAUCAAUCAAUACAACUAGAUGCUAUCGCAAAAGAAACUCGGUGGUUCGGUCAUGGAAGUCGGAUUAUCAUCACAACACAAGACCAACGGCUUUUGAAGGCACAUGGCAUCAACCAUAUUUACAAGGUGGAGUUUCCAUCAGCAUAUGAAGCUUAUCAGAUGUUUUGUAUGUAUGCUUUUGACCAAAACUUCCCUAAAGAUGGUUUCGAGGAGCUUGCAUGGCAAGUUACAAAACUUUUAGGUAAUCUACCUUUGGGACUAAGAGUUAUGGGAUCCCACUUCCGAGGAAUGUCUAGGCAUGAGUGGGUAAAUGCAUUACCAAGGUUAAAGAUUCGCCUUGAUGCUAGUAUUCAAAGCAUUUUAAAGUUCAGUUACGAUGCCUUAUGUGAUGAAGAUAAAGAUUUAUUCCUUCAUAUAGCCUGCCUUUUCAACAAUGACGGAAUGGUGAAAGAUUAUCUUGCUUUAAGUUUCUUAGAUGUGAGGCAAGGGCUUCACCUCUUAGCUGAGAAAUCUCUCAUAGCAUUAGAGAUUUUUUCUGCUGACUAUACACAUAUAAAGAUGCACAAUCUAUUAGUGCAAUUAGGUAGAGACAUUGUCCGUCAUAAGCCUGGGCACCAAUCCAUUUGUGCGCCUGGGAAGCGUCAAUUUUUGGUUGAUGCUAGAGAUAUUUGUGAAGUACUCACUGAUAACACGGGUAGUAGAAAUGUUAUAGGUAUACUUUUCGAGGUAUAUACCCUAUCAGGCGAAUUAAAUAUCAGUGAGAGAGCUUUUGAAGGAAUGUCUAACCUCAAGUUCUUAAGAUUCCAUGGCCCAUAUGACGGCCAAAGCGAUAAAUUGUACUUACCGCAAGGGUUGAAUAAUCUACCUCGGAAACUUAGAUUAAUAGAAUGGAGCCGUUUCCCAAUGAAAUGUUUGCCUUCCAAUUUUUGUACGAAGUAUCUAGUCCAUAUAGAUAUGUGGAACAGCAAACUUGAGAACUUGUGGCAAGGAAAUCAGCCCCUUGGAAAUCUCAAGAGGAUGGAUUUGCGUGAGUCUAAACACCUAAAAGAGUUACCUAAUCUCUCAACUGCCACUAACCUUGAGAACUUGACUCUGUUUGGAUGCUCAAGUUUGGCGGAGCUCCCCUCCUCUCUUGGAAACCUUCAAAAAUUGCAAGAGUUGAGAUUACAAGGAUGCUCAAGUUUGGCGGAGCUCCCCUCCUCUCUUGGAAACCUUCAGAAAUUGCAAGCGUUAGACUUACAAGGAUGCUCAAAGCUAGAGGCUCUUCCUACUAAUAUCAACUUGGAAUCUCUCAAUAACCUUGAUCUCACCGCUUGCUUACUGAUCAAAAGUUUUCCGGAGAUCUCCACAAACAUCAAGGAUCUCAUGCUCAUGAAAACUGCAAUAAAAGAAGUGCCUUCGACGAUCAAGUCAUGGUCUCAUCUUCGUAACUUGGAAAUGUCAUACAAUGACAAUCUCAAGGAAUUCCCACAUGCUCUCGAUAUCAUCACAAAGCUUUACUUUAACGAUACAGAAAUACAAGAAAUUCCUCUGUGGGUUAAGAAAAUCUCUCGUCUUCAGACACUUGUACUAAAGGGAUGCAAGAGGCUGGUAACAAUCCCACAACUUUCAGAUUCCUUAUCAAAUGUAAUAGCCAUAAAUUGCCAGUCACUGGAGAGACUUGAUUUCUCCUUUCACAAUCAUCCAGAAAGAUAUCUCAGGUUUAUUAAUUGCUUCAAGCUGAAUAAUGAAGCGAGAGAAUUCAUCCAGACUAGUAGUAGUACCUCAGCGUUCUUACCCGCUAGAGAAGUGCCCGCAAACUUCACUUACCGAGCUAAUGGGAGUUUCAUAAUGGUAAAUUUGAACCAAAGGCCUCUUUCUACGACCUUGAGAUUUAAGGCUUGCGUCUUGCUGGAUAAAAAAGUUGACAAUGACAAGGAGGAGGCCGCCGCUAGGGAAACAAAUGUGUUUCUGAGCAUCAGGGAGAAAGAUAAAAUUGGCGUCGAUGUUUCAUGCAGACCUGCAUAUUGCUUUCUCGUGCCUCCCAUUUUAAGAGAGCAUUUGCUCAUCUUUGAGUUUGAAGCUGAUGUGACGUGCAACGAGCUUUUAUUUUUUUUCGGCAUCCAGGGUAACGAAGCGGUGAUAAAAGAAUGUGGAGUACUCCAACUCUAAGUUCAUUAAUAUGAUGGAAAAAAGCCACAACACAAAGCCACCAUGUCAUGAGACUUCAGAACUUCAGAGAAGAACAACACACUGAUUAACUGAUCUCCAGCAAAACAAAAAAAUCCUCCAUGACGAAGAAGGUGACGAGAGAUGAUUUUGUGGACGUUGAAGAAAUCUUCGACGAACCACGAGCUCUCACCAGGAACCAGACCGCCUCCGCGAAUGUAGAAAUCCAAAUCUAAGCUGAAAUUAUGGCCUGAAAA